ACCUGUUCACUUUUUUUAAGCACCUGGUGUCACAUCAUUUUCUGAAUCUAAAUGCCAAAACAAGUCUUUGGUACAAAAAUGAGCAAUUUUGAUAAAGAUUUAGAGGUGUAUCAAAUUGAUUUUAUGAUUUUUUGGGCAUAUUUACAGAAAAAUCCUUCCAUACGUUAAAUCUUAUUCCGAACAUGAAUCAACAAUAUCGUUAGCUUAUAGUUGAAACUAUUAUCUACAACUUUGCCAAAGAAACUAGGGUGUUUAAACUGCUUAUUUUAUUGUUAUUAAACAUAUUUGGUUGAAAAAACACUUAAAAAUUGAACAAUUUUGCAUUCAUGCUCAUUAGUUUGGCAAAAGUUCUUCCUGACUUUUGUGACUAAAUUCAUUAUCAAUUGCGCCAAGGUGUUCUGAACAUUUCGUUCAUACAUCAUUUUUGCGUAAGAAUUCAUUUUCAUUGAGUAAUUAUUAAAAGUUUACCACGCUAUACCUUGAAAACACAUAGGGUAGCCAAACAAAUUUUUCGUGUGAAAUCAAAGUCAACUGGGUUUAAACAUGGCAUUGAAUGCUAUCACCUCAAACAUCAUCGAUCCUUAAUGGUGCUGACGGUAAGGUUGAGGAAAGCGAAUCUGAAGGUCAUAUGUUCAAGACCAACAAAAGAUUUUUUUAAAUUAAAUCUUUUGAUGCCACUGUUGUAUUUCGUUUGAAUUUCUUUAUUGAAGUUUACUCAAAAUUUCUAUGUUUGUGCGUUUCAUAGCAUAGUAAAUUCAGGCUUUGAUUAAAAACUUAUCAAUUUAAAACCGAACUAAUAAAAAACAAAGUAAUCUUUGAAUUGAAAUUUGACACACAUUCAGUUUCUUCCAAGAUUUCUGCCAAGAUUCAACGAUCAAUAUGAAUCGUCAGAUUUGGAAUGUCGGUUUGUACCGGGAUUCUUUUCAAAAAGACAAGUAUCCUUCAACGCGCAACGUACUUCAAGUGUUCUUCCAUUACCAUAGAAAGCAAAACAAGACAGUACCGGCAAGCAGUAGGUUAGUCGCGAAGGCCGUUCAUAACAUCUGGUUAGAGAAGAAUCGGCAGCCCCAAAAGGUUCCAUAUAUUAGCAAAAAAAUUGGCAACCUUUUCUCAAAGUGGCGGAAAUUACUUGCAAACCGUAAGAAGUCUCAAUCCUGUUACAAACUGAAGCGGCAACAGUGGCGGGAUAAUCUACCAGUGGUUUUCGAUGUCUCGCGAAGUGAAUCCAGAUUUAAAUCUUCUAAAGAAUCCCUUCCGGAGACGGAAUCCGUAACAAAUUCGAUCCAAGAUAGUGAGCUUUCGGAUGCAAAUUCUGAUUGGGAUGAUGCCACUUCUGAUUAUAGUGAACCAUUGCCAAAAAAGCAGAAAAUUGAACCAUGGAAGAAUGAAGCACUUACUUUGCUUGAUCGUGCAAUGGUUACUGAUACGGCGGCAUCAGCGAUUUUAACCGCUACGGCGGUUGGAUUGGGUCUCAAUACCAACUCAGUGGCUAGUAGCAGAUCUAGCUUGUACCGUCGCAGGACAAAGGUAAUUGAGUGGUUGUAUGUAAUCUCUUAUUUUCAAUUAACUAUAUGUAAAAAAAACCACCAGGCACGAGUUGAGCAGAUGGAGAAUGCUCAGAAAGAGUUUUCACCAUCAGAAGCAGUUGUAAUUCAUAUUGACACGAAACGAAUGAAGAAAGGCGUUGGACUCGAGUCAGAAGAAAGGUUAGCCGUAACUACUUCUGGAUUUGGAACGGAACAAAUUGUUGGAGUACCAGUGAUACCGACAGGCACCGGCAAAGAUAUUGCACAAGCGGUAGUGAAACUGCUGGAAGAAAAAGGCAUCGAAAACAGCAUAAAAGGCAUUUGCUAUGACACCACAGCGGCUAAUUCAGGUAUACAAAAUGGAUCCGUGGUAUUGCUGGAAAAGCUGAUAGGACGAAGCCUGCUCCGUCUACCAUGUAGACACCACAUUCUGGAGUUGAUCCUUGAGGCGGUUUUUACAAAAGUAUUCAGCGAGAAAUCCAGUGGCCCUGAAAUAACAAUUUUCAAACGUUUCCAGAAAGAAUGGCCUGGUAUCAACAAAGGUAAUUUCACUACUUUCACGUUUUUUGCCUUUCUCGUACACUAA